AUGAAACAACCAGUCUCACUUUUCGCUUAAAAUUCUUUUUCAAGAAAAAUAAAUUAAGAAGAUGUUCAAGAAAUUUAAGAUAGAUCAGGUUUUGAAAUUUUAAAUAUGGAUGGUUAAAAGAGAAGAAGAGAUAAACUAUCUCCAGUUGCUCGAUCAAAUUCUGGACAUCAUGAAUAACUUAUUUUAUAAUACCAUAAUCCAUAAUAACUCAUUACUCCUAAAAAUGAGAACAUUACUGAAAGACUUUAAACAUUUGCUUAGACAGAGUAAUUCAAAUAAUCAAAAUCAUUUCGAAAAUUGAUUGUUUAUUUUCAUCAAAAAGACUUUAUAAAAAUACUAUUGGCUCCAUACAAAUUAACAACAUCUUUUACUCUAAAACAUUUCAAUUUAGUCAAUGAUUUAGGAGCCUCUUUUAAAUAUUAAGUUGGCAGAUUUAAUGAAAAUUAAAAGAGUUUGAUUCAUUAAUAUAUCUCUCUUAUUGAUAUAAGAAUUCAAUUAAGAUUAAAAUUUAGAACAAUAAAAACAAAAUGCAAACAUUACUUACAACAUAUUCAUAAUUAAAUUCCAUUAAUUGAACCAAUGAGUAAUCUAAAAUUUUGUUGGGAUUUGAUGUGCUUUGGUAUUAGAAUAUAUUUAAUUGUGGUAAUACCAAUAUUGAUGGCAUUCCACAAUUAAAACUUCAUUGAUAAACAAUAAAUUCCGUUAAUUUUAUUUUCUAUUGCUUUAAUUUAUGAUAUUAUUUUAAGAGCAUUUACUGUAACAUAUGAUUAAGGAUUACCUGUAAGAGAUAGAUAUUUAUUAUAUAAAAAAUAACUAAACUUUUCAACAUUAUUGGAAUUAUUUAGUUUUAUUUAUACAAUAAUAAUAUGUUUAUAAUCAGAUAACAUUAUUGAUAAAAAUAUAAUUGGAGAUGGUUGGCCAAAAUUUAUAUUAGUUUUAUUAUAUAUAUAAGUGGCCAAUAUAUUAAAGUUUAUAGAUAUUUCUUAAUACUCUUUCAAACUCAGUAGAAUGUCAACAUCAAUUGUAGAAUUAAUUAAAUUAAUAACAUUAAUACUUUUAGUUUAACAUGUAUUCAGUUGUGUAUGGCUUGUUUUUGGUAUUUAAUGUUAGGAUACAUAAUAAUAGUCUUGGUUAGAUAAAUUUGAACAUGAUUAAUGGUCAUAUUAAUUUCUAUAAUCCUUUUAUUUUAUUUGUGUUACUACAUUUACAGUAGGAUAUGGUGAUUUGACACCAAAAAGUAAUAAUAUUUCUAUAUUUUAGAUCCACCUGAAUAAAUUUUUACUAUUUUUUAUAUGUUUUUAUGUAUGUUAUUAUUUUCAUACACUGUAAAUACUAUAGGAAGUAUACUUACAUAAAUAAAAGAAAGUAGUGAUAAAAUAAAAACUAAACUUACAGCCAUUAAUUAAUAUAUGCACAAUAAAUAAAUUAGUCCAACAUUAUAAUUUAAGUAAAAUAAAUUAAAUAUUAUAGAGUUCGAGAAUAAUUGUAUUUUUAUCUUAAAUAAGAAGUUGUUUAAUAAGUAAAUGAAUAAUCAGAAAUUAUAUCAAUGCUUCCAGAAGAAUUAUAACAUAGUUUAAGGAUAGAAGCUGCAAAAUCUUUAAUAAAUAAAUGCCCUUUUUUUAGUGAGAACUUUUCAAAUGAAAUAUUGAAUUAACUAUUGGAAGAAGUCAAUUUCUAAAUAUUUUAACCAGGAGCAACAAUUUAAUCAAAAGAUGAAUUCUUCAUUCAUAUAAUUGAAUAAGGAUAAGUUGAAGUUUUGUAUAAAAAAGUAUUAUUAUUAUAAAUAUUAUUAUUAGAAAAUUAUAUAAACACUUGAAAGAUUUGAUUAUUUUGGACUUGAAGAAUUUGUUAAUUAAUAAUACAAUCCAAAUUUUAUAUACAAAAGCAAUGCUUUUACUAGUGUACUUUCUAUUCCAUAUACUUAUUUUCAUAAAAUAUUAUCUCAAAAUGAUUUAGAAAACUAAAAAUUUCAUAAUCUACUAACAUCCUAAUCUUGUAUAUCAAAAUUUUGUUUUAUUUGUAAAAACAAAAGGCAUUCAACCUAGUGCUGUUCUUUAGUUCAUUUUAUACCAAAUAGAGAGGUAGUCUUAAAAAGAUACCUUUAUAGAAAAAAAUAAAAAAAAAGAAUCAAGUAAGAGAGAAGAAUUAGAUAGUUAUCAAUAAAUGAAAUGAAUUUAAUAGAUGGAUAAAAUUAAAUUAAAUAAAUUUAAUUUAAAAAUGCAUGUUAUAAUUAAAAAAUGAUAGAAUCAACUGUUAAUAAAUUUUAAAUUGAAAAUCAAAUUGCUUUAGAAACACUAUUUCCUACAAUUGAAUAACCAAUAAGUGUGGAUAGUUAAAGUGAAUCUGAAAAUGAUGAUCCUGAUGAAAUUAAAGAUUAGAGUUUUUCAUAAUAAAAUCAGAAUUCAAGAAGAGGUAGUAAAUAAAUUCCUUGUAUUUCUUCUAAAAAUUUAUUUUAAUAUUAAAUUUUAGAUAAAAUUAAGAAAGAAAGAUAGAAUAGGUUAAUCUAACCUUUAUAACCAUAAUUCUUAAUGUCUUAAUAUGGAUAACUUAAUGUAAAUCCUAAUCCUAAUCCUAAUCCCAAUAUUAAUAUUAAUACUAAUACAAAGUAAUAACUUAAAAAACUUCUAUUAUCUAAACCUGGCCAACCUGAUUAUGAUGAAUAAAUAACAUAAAUUCAAGAAUUAAACUUUUUUAAUGAUUUAAGAUAGAAAAUGAAUAAUUUACUUUUAUUUCCAAAAACAGAAUAAGAAUAAAUUGAAUUUUUAUAUAAAAAAAUUUUAAAUUUGAAAGAAGAUUUAAGUGAAAUGUCAGAUUUUGAAAUAUUAAAAAAUUAUGAAGUCUUUAAUAGAUAAUGGAAUGCUGACUAAGUAGUUAAGAAAUUAGUUUAAAAAUAAAAAAAAUUUAGAGGAUUUAAAAAACUUAAAAGAUUUUUGUUAUUCCCAUUUCUUUAUGUAAAUAAAUAUCUGGACAAAAAGGAUUAAGGUGAUCUAUUUAAGCCAACUGAAAAACCAAAAAAGAAAAGUAAGCAUUAAAUUUAUAAUUAGGACCUACAAGACCAAAAGUAAUUAAAAAAACCAGGGUUAGUCCUAAAAUAUGA